AUGCCUCCUAAUUUUUUCUUACAAAUUUUUAGAUUUGGGAGGACCUGGAUUUUGCCCUUUGUAGCAGUAUGGUUAGCUGUUUAUAUUUACAACAUUCCCUCUCCCAUUAAUCCAGAACCUUACAGUUAUCCCAAACCUUUGCCUGAAUUGGUGGGGCCAUUGACAAUUAACUCCCAUCUUAGGAAUGCAACAAGAGCAUUUGAAGGGGAGAUCACUGGUCCAGAGUCUUUUGCCGUAGGCUCAGAUGGAGUCCUAUACACAGGCUUAGCUGAUGGAAGAAUAGUAGGAUUCAAAGGGGAACAACUCUGGCAGGUAACAAGGAUAGGAGAGUUCCACCCACAAUGUGGUACGUUUGAGUUUGAGCCUAUCUGUGGGCGACCCAAAGGAAUGAAGAUCAACACAGCGGACCCCUCCCACCCCCUUAUUGUGGUUGAUUCCUACAAAGGACUGCUACAGGUGGACACAAAAACGGGGGAAAUACAAGUCCUAGUUUCCAGUACCACAGGAGUAAAUGGUGAGGCUUUUAAGUUCCUGAAUGCUCUAGACAUUACAAAGGAUGGUAUCAUAUACUUCACAGACUCCAGCAAGAAAUGGGAUAGGAGGAAUUAUCGAUAUGAG